AUGAUUCAGAAGUGUUAUGAAUGUCUCCCAUCGCUUGCAAAUCAGGCUGAGCUGCUGCAAUUUGACGAGCAAACGCAAUUCGACGUCAAAGAGUUUCGGCAUCGCAUUGCUGAGGCUGAAAAGGAGCUUCUGGGUCUUCUUCGCAGCAGCGCAGACUUCCGUUUGGAGGUUGAAGAUGCGGAAUCGAAGUGGAAGGAGAGACAGGCAUACAAGAAGGUUUUGAUAGACGCCGUGCAGCUGGCCGUGGAUUCUGCGAAACCUUCGGAGCCGAUGGAGACUGCACCACAGGAGCUGCUGGUUGACUGCCGUGAGAAGCUUCAACGAUUGCAGAUUGAGAUUUUGGAAGAGGAACGGAGGCGCCAGGCGCGGUCCGCAGAGUUCAAUGAGCUUUGUGAAGACAUCGCAGAGCUCAAAGAGGUGAAGCAGAGGGCCAUGCUGCAGCUGCAAUCUUUUCUGGAGCUACGUGAGCAGCAACGGCAGGGGAGACUCAAAAAUGCCGUCGCGCAGCUAAUGCCUUUGGCACCGGUUGACUUGAAUCGCCUCUUGGCUGCAAGAGAUAGCUCCGUCCAGGCAACCUACUUCCGGCUUAUUUUCAACCCAAAUCCCAUGGCCCGGCCGGUAGCUAUUUGA